UCUCGAGCCAUAUCGCGUCUCCUUCGCCUUUAACUGCUUUCGAGUUCGAGAUCGCACCUUUGUCGUGGAUUCGGUCGCGCAGAGGACAGCGCUCGGGGUUCAUUGCACCUUGACCGCAACGCACGCGUCUUUGUUUGUUUCGUGCCAAGUGAAUUUUCUCAUGGAGAUAAAACGGUAGCGCAAGCGCCGGUGCGGGCGGUGAAAUAACGAAUCCUCGAACUCGGAACGAAUUCUUUCAUUCGUUCGUUUAUAUUCUCGUUCAGCGAGUUUUCAUACGUCAACACUCGAUUUUCUGUAUCGCUUAUGUUCUCCAUUCGAUGAUCGACCGCUCUUUCGGCUCUCUUUUUCUCGUCUAUCACGGUUAUAACUCUCGGGACACCCCGUACAUGCUCGUGCGAGAGCGUGCACAAGGAGACGAAAGGAGCGCGAGGCAAGACGGAGACGCGGAAUGGGAGAGAACGAAGGGAGCAUGGAAAGGAAGAGAGAGAGAGAGAGAGAGAGAGAGAGAGACAGAGGGGGAGAGGGAAGAGUGGUGAAAAAAAAAGGGAGCGAGAGACACGAUGCGACACGCACGGAGUGUAAACGGAUACACGGCGCACACGAUUAACCGCGUCGCGUCGCGUCGCGCCGGUUCGUCGUUUCAGUCGGAGGAGUCUUUAUACGACUGCGCCAGGCCGCUCUUUGCCGGCUGCCAACCGGUACGUUAACCGUCGAAUAACCGGCAGUGACCGCGCUCGCACUGUCGACGUGUGGACUCGUGGAGUGUCCCUCGCCGUCCGUGAAUUCCUCGAGCGAAUUGGUAUGAAUCCUUCGUCAACGCGAACGUCAAUAUGUUAAUGAUCGUUAAAUCUAUUUUCUUUGGCUGAACCAGUGGGAACUUUUGGAAUUUUUAAAUUAGAUUGAUGUACGUUUGAUAUUGAUGUUCUAUGUAGUGCAGUUUAGUGCAGAAAUAAAAAGUAGACCUUUUGAGUCACGAGACUCUUUGAGUGAUUGAAAGUGUCGGAGUGUUAAUUAUUGUGAAACAUACAAGCUUGCCAAAACUACGAAUGAGAGAAAUGGAGGUAAUAAAUGAUCGAGAUCUUGAUGUAUUGAGAUGUUUCGUGAUGUGAAAUCAAAUUUAGAUGAUAGAUUUAAGCAAAUUUGCCUUGAACGAACGGUGAUCUGUAGAACGUAAUUGAAUGAAUGACGAUUAGAGAUUGAGUGAAAUAACACGUGACGCAGCUCUUGGCAAGUCUCUGGACUAUGAAUUGUUUAACGAAGAAAGAGCCUUGAAGAGAUAGCCUCGUGAAGAAAAUUCUCGGCAUACACCAGCAUGCGCAGUGCCGCACACGGACUGUUUUACAAAUGCAGAAAGUUUGCAAUCUCGGUAACGGAAAAUCGAGCUCGCAGCACCGUGCUAUCUCCCUCUAAUCUCUCCGUGCGCUCUUAAUAUCGCUCCUACAUAUUUGCUUAAUAUCUGCUUUAAAAAAAAAAAAAAAAAAAAAAAAUUGGAGAAUUACAAAAUUCCUCGCGCAUACCGCGCGUCGUGUCGAAAGAAGUCGACGAAGAUUAUACGUUGUGUUUUGUAAGCAACUCUGUGUGUUAAUUAUGCUACACCAACGUGACAACAUACCACUCUCGGCUUCCGGUCGCAACCAAUUUCUACGCGGUAAUUGAUUCGAGAUGGUCGUGCGAAUGCAUUAUUACCGGGCUGGACAUAACUUUUUAAUCGCGCCGGCAACGAGUGACAACGAGUUAUUGUGCAAAUAAUGCCAGUGUGAAUAAUCGUAAUAUGCUAACUUGUGUCAAUCGUGGAUAUUAAUCAUUCUCCUAAAUUCGUUUCGCGCUGAGAAACAUUAGAGGUCAACACAACCUGUUGCACUUUAACCGAGACAUACUGCCGAUUUAAAUAAUUGCGCAUUAGUGCGAGGUGGAGUCUCGCGGAGCCGGCUUCUACUAUGAGUUGAAGCUUCGUAAUUAAUCGGGACUGGCAUGGAGAAGGAGAACUCCGCAUCAGGCGGGGGCGGUGGAGGCGGCGGAGGUGGCGGAGCUGAAGCGGCGGCGGCGACUCCGGGCGCCACCUCCACCUCCGAGAAACUCCAGGCGGACCAGGCCAAUCCGUUGCUCGAUCCUACUGCACUCUUCGGCGCAUACUGGUCUCGAGGCGACAGCGCAGCGUCGUCACUCUUCGGCGGGAUGCCGGGUGGUUAUGGCCUGGGGGCUCCCCAUUUGCCCUCGGCUUACGCUAUUCUGGGCCGAGGGGGCUCAGCGCCUGGCUUUGGGGGUCACACACCAGCCUCGGCACCACCCCCGUCCCCGUACCCUCACAGCAGCCUCGGUACGCUCAGCGUGGCCGCCAGUCAAGCUGCAAGUCUGGGCAUCAACCCAGCAGCCACUGCAUGGUGGACAAUGGCCUCUCAUCUGGCGGCGCAAGACUACCUCGCGAGGCUACAAGGAGCCCCCCUCCCCCCCUCCCCCGCCUCUCUACUUAAUCCCCCGUCCCUCUCGUCCCACAAGUCCAGUAAGUCUAAGUCAAGCAAGAGUCACAAGACGCCGCCAGCUAGCAGUAGUAGCUCAACAACACCAAGUAUGACGAGCAGCAGCCUGCCGGUGUCUACUCAACCACCGGUGACAUCAUCCUCUCAUCACAGUACCCCGGUCAGCAGUACGCCAAAUUCGCAAUCCAACGUCGUCAGUUCUGCGAAGGAAGGAAGUGAUCCUAGCAGUAUAUUGGGAGGUGUGCGCCUACCUCCCGACACGGAGAUUAUCAAGUAUACGUCAAGUAUAGUCGGUCCAAAGGUUCCUGGAACGACAAACCGCGGCAGGAAGAAGACAAUAUCCUUGGACACUCCCAGCGUCAGCGUACAUCCGCCGCCCGUCCCUACCCUUAGCGCUCAUCAGACAAACACGACAUCGUCCUCGUCGCUAAUGAUAGAACCGAGAAAGUACAAUCGCACGGGGACCGACUCGAACGAAUACAGAGAUUCGGUGGAUCGAGUAGAAGUAAUCAAACUGCCGGCCCAUUCAACGAACGGCUCCGUUCUGUCGGCGCCACCGACGUAUACUAGCAGCAGUAGCAGCAGUAGUAGCAACGCGAAUAACAACAUCAACGAUUCGGACGCACCCCUAAAUCUCUCCUUAAAGCCCGCCACGACGAGCAGUAGCUCGCCGAUUUCUGGUAGUCAACCGCUCAGUCAGCUCAGUAAUUUAAGCCAAUCGUUACUUGCCUCCGAUCGAACGUCGAGACGAAAACCCGGACCAAAGCCAAGAAGAGUUCCGCAGAAUUCGGUGCCGGUACCGGCGUCACCUAGUCCUUCCUUGGCGCAGCUUUUCGCUGCCGCAGACUCGCCACAGCGGCCGAGUAGCGGCAGUGAGGAAAGCGAGAGUGCAAGCUCUGCCACCCAUCACAAGGACGGUAGGCCGCGAAAUCUCGGUCGCGGUGUAUCGAAGCCUAAGAAGAACACGGUCGCGUCGUUGUUGGCUCAAAGCAGAGCUCUAGGGAUUAAACCCACCCCGACUUUGGAUCCAAGUGUGCCAUUGUCUCACCAAGUAUCGUUGCUGAGGUCAAAUAUACUGGCAGCUCAAUUGCACGCUUCCGUCGCUACUGGUCAGAGUGACGAAAAGAACCAGAAAUCUUUGCAGGAAAAGAUGAAAAACAAGUUGCUGGAGGCUUCGGGAGAAGAGAGUAACAUGGACGUGACCAGCGAGAGCGGCAGUAACACCGAUGUUGUCACGGAUACCGAUGACGACAAUGCGGAAGGCACACCUAGCGCGAAGAGGAGGAAACUCAAACCCAGCGAAAGAGACCUUCAAAUGCCGUUAGAGCGCGGUUGGAAGCGUGAAACGGUUAUCAAGGGACUAGGAAAGACGGGAGUGAUAAAAGGCGACGUGUCGUAUUACAGCCCCUGCGGGAAAACUUUUAGGAGCAGUCCCGAUCUAGUGAAGUUUCUGGAACAUCAAAAUCCAGCCGAAUUAACUACCGCCAAUUUUUCGUUUUCCUCUCGUCCAUUGGUGGGGGAAUUCCUGCAGCCAACGAUGGGUUUAGCAGAGGCUGAAUUCGUCAGACUCGGUGCUCAGGAAGUAGCGCGAAGACUGGAAGAACUCAGAGCGGCUGGUGGCUUUAGAGACGUACGGACGAACAAUCAAUAUGAUAGAGAGAAGCUAGCUUAUGCGAAAAAACUCGCGAAGGAAGAAGCGCAACGACAUAAAGAACAAGCUAGGCUUAUUAAGGAGCAAGAGAAGACAGAACGGCUGGAAGCUGUUAGACGAGAACGGGAGAUCAGGAAUCAACAACUACUCGAGGGUCGAAAGCGGCUCGCGUUCACGAUCAAGCAGAAAAUGAAGAUCAUCCAAGAGAUCGAGCGCGGCAAGAGCAAGAGCGACGUGGCUCGCGAGCUGGGUCUGGCGAGCAGUACGGUUGCCACCAUCUGGAAGAAUCGCGAGAGCAUUGCCGAGAGCUGGCGCAACCGGGACAUGAUGCACCAGGCAGACAUCGAGGACGUACCGUCGAAGAAGCCACCGUCGAUGUCAUCCCUCGCGUCGACCACUGCCGCGUACUGCACGCCGGUGACGAUGACGACGAUGACGACGAUGACGACAACGACCGCGAUCACAACAACGCCGCCGUCUCUGGUCUCUGGCGUGGUCGUGCCGCCUCCACAGGUGCAGGUGGUGCCACAGGUACUACCACCGCCACCUUACCCCACCUUGACCCUGCCGCCGGCGUCGGCGGGCCUUGUGCCAUCACCGCAGCCGACGGUGCCGAUCUCGUCUUCGUCGAACCUGUCAUCGACCACCACGUCGACCGGUACGACGACCACGACCAUGCCGCCGGACAAUACCCAGCAGGCACAGACCCAGACGCAGAGUCAGGAACUUCUGGAGGCACGAAAAAAACGGCAGGAAGAGGUGGAGAAGAUCCGACUGGAAGAACAACAAAGGAAGCAACAGGAACGGGAGCUGAAGAGGCAGCAAGCGGUUAUGCUGAAGGAGCAGAUGUACAUGCAGGAGCUCACCAAGCAGCGCGAGAUGCUCUACACCGUCGAGCUGGAAAGAGAAAGAAGGAGGCAGCAUAUGGCUCUGGUACGAGCACUAGAGAACCGUCGGAAGAUGGAGGAGAAAGAGAAGAAACGCUUGGAGGCCAGGGCCGAGAGAAUAGCGACGAAGGAAAAGCGGGCGGAACAGAGAAGAAUUGAGUUGGAGUUAAUCGAACAAAUUCGCAAACCCGUAGAGGAUAUGGAACUGACAGAUCAUAGACCACUGCCAGAAGUCAAAAGAAUACCUGGACUUAAGCUCUCCGGGCAAGCAUUCGCAGAUAUCGUUAUGGUCUUCGAAUUUUUGCACAAUUUCGGGGAGACUUUAGGAUUCGACAUGGAAUCGCUACCGAGCUUGAAGAGUCUUCAACUUGCCCUUCUCAAUGAUGAAGAAGCUGAGGAGGAAAUGCUGUCGGUUAUGACACAUCUGUUGGUGUGUGCUAUUGAAGACCCAGGAAUCCCGCAACCGGCCAGACAUACUACAGGUUUAGGUCAAAGUUUGCGUCAAGCUGACAUCACUCACGCCAACAUCAGUGAAGUACUGCGAAUUUAUUUGUACGCGAACGCAACCGGCGAAGUAAAGGCUUUGACAGGGGUGUGCCUUGAGCGUGAGCGUGACAAGAAAUUUGCCGAUCAUCAUCAGAACGGCGGUGAUUACGCUUCAACCUGCUCGGGAAAGAAUGCGCAGUUCUAUGAGCACUUACAUAACAACGAAACAUGGAAGAUGUCAGAAAGAUUGCGAGACAAGCCUUUCUUAGCAUUGAAUCCGACGCAUAAAGCACAGAUGCUCGCUUUUCUUUGCAAUGAGUUACUGCAAAAUAAGGCUGUGAUCAGACAGAUAGAGGGUAGCCUCGAGACGGUAGCUCAGCUGAGGAAAGAGAGAUUCGUAUUAGAUACCAAAAUCAGAAAGCUUAGACAAUUACAUAGUCGAAAAGUCCGAAUGGAAGCCGUGGGUGUCAUUGUUAAUAAGAUUGGCGACACGAUCACCAUUGAAAAGAAGGAAGGUGAGGAAGAAGGCAAUACUACGUCUACUGCCGUAGGUACGACACCUACACCAGACGAGAUUCAUCACGAGGACGAAGUAGAGGACAUGUCUGAAAACGAGAGUGAAGGCACUCAGCCAGAAGAGGAGGAGGAUAAGAAUUUAUCUGGAGAAGAAUUGGGUAAGAAAUUGGAUAAACUAUUGAAGCAAUCAGAGGAACAACUACAAAAGUUGAACAGCUCUUCGAAGCAACUCCGUGCGCACAUAUUCGGCCAGGACAGGUAUUGGAGGAGAUAUUGGGAAUUAGCAUGCGCCGGUGGUAUUUUCGUGGAAGCUAUGGAGAGCGCCGAACCGGAGGUUCUCGACCUCCAAGCCGAGCUCGACGAGAAGUACAAAAACAUGCCGAUAGAAGAGAAAUCUGAAGUGAAGCAAGAGGGUGAAAGCAAGAAUUCCGAAAAUCGCGAAAAUGAAGCACCAAACGAAGUUAAGGCUGAAAAGAAACAUAAUUCGAGUGAGCAGAAUGAGAACAUAAAAUCUCACGGAGAUAAGAUGAAGUCCGAGGAGGUCAACUGUAAGAAAGAGCCUGUACAAAAUUGCGGCUCGGAGAAUGUAAAGGAGGAGAAAAGAAAUAAUGACGAUAGUACAAUGGCAGAUGCGAAGACAAACGUCACAUCCGAGGAAAUAAAACAGGAGACGGAGGUGAUCAAUACAGAUGUCGACAUGAAAGAAGAAGUGAAAAAGGAGAAUGAAGAGACGGACGAAGAUAUGACGAAACCACUGGUGAAAAUGAUGGAGGAUAAAAUUGUCGAAACAAUACCGAAUGGCGACAAGUUCAACCACGUCAAUAAUCUACACAACGGGAAAGAACUCAACGGCUCCUUUAUUUCCAUUAUGUCGAUUAUUUCAGACAAUAGCAAUGCCGAGCCUAAUUGGUUUUCCAUUUUACCGCGUGAAACGUGCGAUACUCCAGGACCUAGCACUAAGCAAAUCUUUGGCAUAGCCGAGCCGACUGAGCUCAGAAUUCCAGUGUUCCCACCGCCCGCUAGUCCGAGUUACGAUAGAUGCGAUAGUCCAGCACCUCUGAUAUUAACUCAAGAUGAGGCAGCACAGCUAGAAUAUUUGAAAGUGCACGGUUUACCACCUCCUGGCGAAGCCAAACCGGUGUCAAAAGAUCUGAGAUAUGGUUGGUGGAGGAUAACAGACGUUGACACGUUCCAAGAACUUCUCGAGCAUCUACACUCCCGCGGUGUCCGCGAGAAAGAGUUAAAACGCACAACAUGGGCGACGAUGGAAUCCUUCUUAGCCGUUACCGGUAAAAUUAAUGUUGAUCCUGGUAACGUUUCCGCCACGGAACUUCAAGCGGAACCAGAUGAUCCCAAUACGCCAAUUCCAAAACCCGAUAAUCCGAAUAAUUGGGGCGAGCAAGUUGCGCUACGAGUAGAUGCUCAACUUUUGGAACAAGUGGAAGCGCUUGAAGAUAAAGUGGCUAAUGCUAGCAUGCAAGUCAAAGGUUGGAAGCUACCGCCGCGAGCGGGAACUGAAGAAGCCGAGGAAAUUGAGAAGUUGAAUGAAAUGGAAAAGAUUAGUGCAGUCGAGCAAGCUCGGCAAAGGCUACUUUCUUUGGAGGCAGCUAUAGAAAGAAGAUACUUAAAACCACCUUUAGGUGUUUGCACGGGAGAUCCCAAUUUGGCAGCCCUCAAGGCGGAACAAGCAGCAGCCGCUAACGCAAACUCGAAUAAUUCUGAGCAAAAUAACCAGACGCCUGCACCGCCAGAAGAAACGACACCACGGGGUCUGAACACCUGGCGGGAGGCGACGGCACGAGCGCACACGUCGGCGCAACUCGCUAUGGCACUCUACAUGCUCGAGGCUAGCAUCGCUUGGGACAAGAGCAUCAUGAAGGCUGUGAGUCUAACAACAGCUAGAAACUCGGUCUGCGCCAAGCUACGAAACCGCUGCGUCUCACUCAAAGCUACCAAUCAGUACAAACAGCUAUUGACUACUUCUCAGACCUCUAAUUGCCAGUUUUGUCAUAGUGGAGACAACGAAGAUAAGCUGCUGCUCUGUGAUGGCUGUGACCGUGGCUACCAUACUUAUUGUUUCCGUCCAAAAAUGGAAAACAUUCCUGAUGGUGACUGGUAUUGUCACGAAUGUAUGAACAAAGCAACAGGUGAACGCAAUUGUUUAGUGUGUGGAAAGAGAGCGGGUAAAAAUCUGGUCCUAUGCGAACUCUGUCCUAGGGCUUAUCACACUGACUGCCACAAUCCUGUCAUGCCAAAAAUGCCACGAGGGAAAUGGUAUUGCUCUAAUUGCCACAGUAAACAACCAAAGAAGAGAAAUAGUAGUCGAAGGAGUCAUACCAAAGGGGGAGGCACCAGAGAAAGUGAAAGUUCUGAUCAUCCACCAGCUAGUCCAACGCCAUCAACGGCAUCGAACACGCACGUAGAGGAUGUCAGUUCGUCGGAACCGCCGACUCCUACCGCCUCACCACGGAAGGAGGGUAACAAUCGGACGCUCACGAAGAAGCAACAACGAGAGCUGGCGCCUUGUAAGAUACUCCUCGAACAGUUGGAGCAACAGGACGAGGCCUGGCCGUUCCUCCUGCCGGUGAACACCAAACAGUUCCCGACCUACAAGAAAAUCAUAAAAACCCCCAUGGAUCUCAGUACGAUUAAGAAGAAGUUGCAGGACUCCGCGUACAAGUCUCGCGAUGAGUUUUGCGCCGAUGUCAGGCAGAUGUUCAUCAACUGCGAGGUAUUCAACGAGGAUGACAGUCCUGUGGGCAAGGCCGGCCACGGGAUGCGCAGUUUCUUCGAAAUGCGCUGGACCGAGAUCACCGGCGCGCCGCCUCCACAUCCACAAACACAUAGCUGAGGUUCGGUACGUUCGCGCAACACCUGCAACAGCUUCGCUCACUUCUACUAUUAGGAUAUGCGUCGCGUCACCGACAGUCGUCGAAAGGGACUGAUCCACCCUCUACCACUUCACUUCCAAGCAUUAAUCGGCCUCGUUCUAGCGGCCAAUCGAAUUUUCCAUUGUAAUAGUAAUUGCUGUGAACGCGGGUACACACUCGCCUUAUUGUAUCAUCCAUUCUCGCUGUUCAUCACUUACGCGAGUGCGUUUUUCUCGCGUUUCAUAAAAUGCUCUAGUACUUGGGUAUACUGUGACACGAAUGUCUCGUACUUCAUUUCCUUGUUAGCACCUAUGACGCGAUUUUCGUCAAACUUACUCAUUGUUAAGUAUUAUAGCGAGACGUUCUAAGCCGAUCGGAUAUUCGGCUUCGGUUUAACGAAUAUUGGUAAAAGUGCGACAAGUAUUGCACUUAAGGUCGAGAUUUUGGUCUCCGAUAACAAGCAUUUCUCGACAUCGACGUGAUUAUUCAGCUAGAAGCAUGCGCGCAUCGUUUCGAUCUUUGUCGAUUAGGACGGAGCGAUACGAAUGGUCAUUGUACUUACCGAAACAAGUGAACAUUUGCCUAAGCGACAAAAGUGUAAUUUGCGAUUGUAUUAUACGGGCUUAACGCCGACGUAUCGUCGGCAAAAGAAAUAUUUUGCAAAGUAAUAAAUGUGAAAAAGAGAGAAGUUAUAUAUGUAUAU